GUCCCGGCCCGCGUCCCGAAUUACGACAAACGGUUGGGCCCGGAGUCGGAAGAGAUCUGGGUUUGGGAAGGAUCCCCGGGUCGGGCGUCCUGGUGGCAGGGCGGGGCUCUUUCUCUCUUCCUCGGCGGGGAGUCCCGAGCCCAGGAGUAAAGCGAGCUCAGCUCCACAUCGCCGUCAGCUGCCGGGACGCACACACUCUGCGUCAUGGAGGGCUGAGGCCGAUGAUGAAUUCCGGUGUGCCUGUCAGGCUUGCUGUGUCACUCGGCCCGCUCGGCGCGCCCCUUCCCAGCCGCCCUUCCGUACCGGCUCUCGGGCUCUUCCGGUCUCCGGCCGCCACUUACCUACAGGCCCUUCUCCGGCCGCGGCCCGGCGCUCUCCGAGUCGCCCCUACGGACUGGACUUGCGCAGUGCCCGGGCACCAGGCGCCCGACAGACACUGGCCAUGACGAGCGGCGCCACCAGGUACCGGCUGAGCUGCUCGCUCCGGGGCCACGAGCUGGACGUACGGGGCCUGGUGUGCUGCCCCUUUCCGCCGGGGGCCUUUGUGUCCGUGUCCCGAGACCGCACCACCCGCCUCUGGGCCCCAGACAGUCCAAACAGGGGCUUUACAGAAAUGCACUGUAUGAGUGGCCAUUCCAAUUUUGUAUCUUGUGUAUGCAUCAUACCCUCAAGUGACAUCUACCCUCAUGGCCUAAUUGCCACUGGUGGAAAUGACCACAAUAUAUGCAUUUUCUCACUGGACAGUCCAAUGCCACUUUAUAUUCUAAAAGGCCACAAAAAUACUGUUUGUAGUCUAUCAUCUGGAAAAUUUGGGACAUUACUUAGUGGUUCAUGGGACACCACUGCUAAAGUCUGGCUGAAUGACAAGUGCAUGAUGACCUUGCAGGGUCAUACAGCUGCAGUGUGGGCGGUAAAGAUCUUACCUGAACAGGGCUUAAUGUUGACUGGAUCAGCAGACAAGACUAUUAAACUGUGGAAGGCUGGAAGAUGUGAGAGGACUUUUGCAGGGCAUGAAGACUGUGUAAGAGGUUUGGCAAUUUUGAGUGAAACAGAAUUUCUUUCCUGUGCAAAUGAUGCUAGUAUUAGAAGGUGGCAAAUCACUGGCGAGUGUCUUGAAGUAUAUUAUGGACAUACAAAUUAUAUUUACAGCAUAUCCGUUUUUCCAAAUUGUAGAGACUUUGUGACAACAGCAGAGGACAGAUCUCUGAGAAUCUGGAAACAUGGGGAAUGUGCUCAAACCAUCCGACUUCCAGCUCAGUCUAUAUGGUGCUGCUGUGUGCUCGACAAUGGUGACAUUGUGGUUGGUGCGAGUGAUGGCAUUAUUAGAGUGUUUACAGAAUCAGAAGAUCGAACAGCAAGUGCUGAAGAAAUCAAGGCUUUUGAAAAAGAGCUGUCUCAUGCAACCAUUGAUUCUAAAACUGGCGAUUUAGGGGACAUCAAUGCUGAGCAGCUUCCUGGGAGGGAACAUCUUAAUGAACCUGGUACUAGAGAAGGACAGACUCGUCUAAUCAGAGAUGGGGAGAAAGUCGAAGCCUAUCAGUGGAGUGUUAGUGAAGGGAGGUGGAUAAAAAUUGGUGAUGUUGUUGGCUCAUCUGGUGCUAAUCAGCAAACAUCUGGAAAAGUUUUAUAUGAAGGGAAAGAAUUUGAUUAUGUUUUCUCAAUUGAUGUCAAUGAAGGUGGACCAUCAUAUAAAUUGCCAUAUAAUACCAGUGAUGAUCCCUGGUUAACUGCAUACAACUUCUUACAGAAGAAUGAUUUGAAUCCUAUGUUUCUGGAUCAAGUCGCUAAAUUUAUUAUUGAUAACACAAAAGGUCAAAUGUUGGGACUUGGGAAUCCCAGCUUUUCAGAUCCAUUUACAGGUGGUGGUCGGUAUGUUCCAGGCUCUUCAGGAUCUUCUAACACACUACCCACAGCAGAUCCUUUUACAGGUGCUGGUCGUUAUGUACCAGGUUCUACAAGUAUGGGAACUACCAUGGCCGGAGUUGAUCCAUUUACAGGGAAUAGUGCCUACCGAUCAGCUGCAUCUAAAACAAUGAAUAUUUAUUUCCCUAAAAAAGAGGCUGUCACAUUUGACCAAGCAAACCCUACACAAAUAUUAGGUAAACUGAAGGAACUUAAUGGAACUGCACCUGAAGAGAAGAAGUUAACUGAGGAUGACUUGAUACUACUUGAGAAGAUACUGUCUCUAAUAUGUAACAGUUCUUCAGAAAAACCCACAGUCCAGCAACUUCAGAUUUUGUGGAAAGCUAUUAACUGGCCUGAAGAUAUUGUCUUUCCUGCACUUGACAUUCUUCGGUUGUCAAUUAAACACCCCAGUGUGAAUGAGAACUUCUGCAAUGAAAAGGAAGGGACUCAGUUCAGCAGUCAUCUUAUCAAUCUUCUGAACCCUAAAGGAAAGCCAGCAAACCAGCUGCUUGCUCUCAGGACUUUUUGCAAUUGUUUUAUUGGCCAGGCAGGACAAAAACUCAUGAUGUCCCAGAGGGAAUCACUGAUGUCCCAUGCGAUAGAACUGAAAUCAGGGAGCAAUAAGAACAUUCACAUUGCUCUGGCUACAUUGGCCCUGAACUAUUCUGUUUGUUUUCAUAAAGACCAUAACAUUGAAGGGAAAGCUCAGUGUUUGUCACUAAUUAGCACAAUCUUGGAAGUAGUACAAGACUUGGAAGCCACUUUUAGACUUCUUGUGGCUCUUGGAACACUUAUCAGUGAUGAUUCAAAUGCUGUACAAUUAGCCAAGUCUUUAGGUGUUGAUUCUCAAAUAAAAAAGUAUUCCUCAGUAUCAGAACCAGCUAAAGUAAGUGAAUGCUGUAGAUUUAUCCUAAAUUUGCUGUAGCAGUGGGGAAGGGGGACGGAUAUUUUGAAUUGAUUAGUGUUUUUUUCCUCACAUUUGACAUGACUGAUAACAGAUGAUUAAAAAAGAGAAUACUGUGGAUUAAGUAAAAUUUUACAUCUUGUAAAGUGGUGGGGAGGGGAAACAAAGAAAUAAAAUUUUUGCACUGCUGAACUGUGAGAUUUUCCUGUGUAAUUUGGGUAGGUUUUCAAGAGUAUGAAAACAAAUUUAAAAAGAGCUAUAAUCAGCAACAACACAAUGACAAUGACAUCUUCCCCUUAGCCACUAAGGAGAAGAUAAGGGCUGUUACUCAUAUAAUUUGCUUUUAUUAUGUACACCAAACUGUUAAUUGUUGUCAAUUAUCUUUUAUUUAACUUCUCCAUCUUCAUUGCUAGGUUUGUCAAACAGCACUGAUACAUUUCAAGGUCUUGUUUUAGGGUAACUAUUUUUAAAAUUUUUAAAUUAUAUUUAUAAAAUAAUUUAUAAAUUAUUCAUAUAUUAAAACAAUAUAAGAUAAUUUCUUGAUUUGUCAGUUAUAAAUCCUAAAAUAUAUUUGUUAAAUGGCUUAUUUUUAGAUGAAGAAAAAGCCAGUUGGUAAACUAUGUUAGUCAUCUGUCAGUUCAGACAGACGAGGUCUCAAUUUAACUCCAGGCUUAGAUCCAGUUUCUUUUGCCCUUCACUGUUUGAGGUAACUUCAUUUUUCAUUCUAGUUCUGAUAUUUGACUAUUUAUUUUUGUCAUUUUCCAUUAUUUCAAAGGGAGUUUGGAACAUGUUGAAUUUUAUCAAGUGAUUACAUAAGCAAGAGUACGUCAAACUGUGUUAUUUGAAAGUCUAGAACCUGUCAUGUGAAAUUACUAUUUUUGAGCCCUCUAUGUUGUCCAGGCAGUAUAGUAGACACACUGAUAUUUAAUCCUUAAAACCCUUUUAAAUGAGGGCGAGUAUUAUCCCUGCUUUCAGAAGUAGACAUAAUAGGAUGAAUCAUGUAAGAGAGAAAAAAAAAGUGAAGCCAAGAGGGAGUUAACUACUCAAAGUACAUGCCAUGCUAUACUUUCUAGAGAGGAGGUCACAGAUGUGUGUGAACAUCCUAGCAAUUAACACAAAGAAGAAACCAUCACAUUAAUUACACAAUUUAUUGUGUCUGAGGUAACCCAAUUUCCUGAGAGAGGCAUAACUAUUCUAUUUUCAAAAGUGGGAAAGAUCUUUUCAUAAAGAAGACAUUGCCAAAUACAGUGAGCAACAUUCUCAAUAUUCAUGGUAUAAAGAACCAUGAAUUUCCUGGCUUAAUGCCAAAUUACAGCCUCAGAAGAAUAAUUCUUCCCCAAAUGGGCAAGAAAAGGUUCUAAUUGUCUAGAAUAAUCUAAGUAAAAACUUCUGGAAUAUCAAAAGGAAAUGAGUAAAAUGUAAAUAGAAGGGGAUAUGUACUUUGCUGAGUAUUAAAUUGCAACUUCCUGGUGUGUACCUGGACUUUAAAUAUUCUGUUCACUGGCUCAGUUACAUAACCUAUACUUUUCUUUUUAUUGAUUGGGUUUAGGUGGUUAUGUCAAAGUUAAAUGGCAAAAUUAGGAAUUUAACCCAAGUCUGACUGGUUCCUUUACAAUACACUGCUUUCUUGUUAAUAAGUCCAGUCUAGCAUUCAGUUAAUAAGUACAAAUAAUUUAUUUGCAAUAUUUAGGAAAAGUAGGUACUUUUGAAUAAUGAUAAGAAAUAGUCUCGGUUAAGAUUAUGAGUUCCCUUUUCAAAAUGUAAGGAGCAGCAGAAUGUAAACACUGCUUCCUAUUACUGUGCAAGUUUUUUUAUAUCAACUUUUAUUUUACUAUUUAAUGUUUGUUGUGGAGAUUACAAAAUAUAGCUUAGCAAAAGGAAGCAAUCUCACUUCAAGGAUAUGUUAAAUAAUAUGAUAUUUUCUUUUUUAGUUAAACUUUCCUAUGAUUCUAUUAAUGUUUUUUCUGAAUACAAAAGUAAUAAACAUUUACUGAGUAAAACAUACACACACACCCCCCAAAUAAAAAUUGCCUGUAAGGCCACUAUCUAGAGAAAACUAUUCGUAACAUCUUGUGGCAUAGUGACUAUGUAUGUAAAUGUGUUUUAUUUUGUUAAAAAAGCAUUGUAUCAUA